AUGGCAACUCAGCUGCCCGCCCACCACCGUACGCCCAGCAGUCACCACAAGAAAGCGUUGCCGCCUCACGCUCGGCCGGCCAGGCCUACUGCUCUACACAAGCGUGCUCUCAGUCACCGACCGGCCAAGUCGGUACAACUUGAGAGUCCGUCAAGGACUGACGACGACGACGAGGAGGAAGCAAUGGCAGCAAGCUUCCUGCAGUACUGCGCGUUUUGCGAAAAGCAGAUCAUCGUUCCCAACAAUGCGAUCCUAUAUUGCUCGGAAAGCUGCCGCAGGAAGGACAACAAUAAGACGGUCGCGUUCACACCAUAUACGUCUGAGCACUCCCCUCCGCACACUCCCUUCGCCAACUUCACAUUCGACGACCUACCUGUCCACAACAUCGUACCCCAGCGAUCACCAACUGCGCCCCACAUGCAUCGGAUGUCGUCUACCUUCUCCGAAGCGUCAGAGGACGAGCACAUGUACUCCGGCGACGAGUCGCGCAUGACCAAAGACACGGAAGCAGCUCGCUACCUCCGCCAGUUCCAAUCGCAGGACGGGUCGUCAACACGGGCCUGGCGUCCCCGCUACAACCGCUCCUCCACAUCGACCGCGGCAUACAGCACCGCACCCUCGUUAUCGCACACUCCUACUUCAACCGCCAGCGUGUCGCUCCCAUACACCCCGUCGACGAGACCGCUUCCCCUCCGCCAGAAUCCGUAUAAUUCGUAUGGCUCGCGGUCGAUAGACCUCGUCACGCCGUUCGCGGCUGCGACUACGACUGCACCGUCGAGCUUGAAGGAUUAUUCCUUGAAGAGUGCGGCGACUGCGUCGACGUCGGCGGGGGUCGUCGAGCCUGGCUUGCUUUACGAGAAGAAGUCGUCAUUACCGCCGGCGUCGCCGAGUCAGGGGAGUUUGAAGCAGCUGUUUCGCUUCAACGAGAUGCAGGCGCCGCCUAGUUAUAGUGGGGCGAGGCGGCCGCCGUGGUCUUGA